AUGCACCCAGUCGCCGAUGAUGCUGAGCUUUCUCGUAUCGCUAUCAAGCGCGACAAGACUCUUGCCAAGACUUCAAGGGCGCCGGAAGCACACAUUCAACAGCCUUCUUCAGCCAAUGGCCGGAUGACUCUAAGUCCCGAAAAGUGCAUCUUCGGAGUGGACACGAUCGACUUUCUGGGAAACACGAUUAGCAAGGAUGGCGUAUGUCCAAACGGAAGAGCUCUGGCAGCCAUCAAGAACAUCGCCGCCCCAACCUCGAAAACCGAGCUGAGACGACUCUUGGGCUUGGCCACAUACUUGGGUCGUUUUGUUCCACGCAUGGCGGACCUUCUAGCACCGCUCACUUUGAUGCUAAGCAAGCGCCGCUACGCACAAAUUGAAAAAGAAGGCUUGGCCCUCGCCUGGGCAUGUGAGAAAUUCCAAGAAUACCUCAUAGGGAAAGAGUUUCGCCUUGAAACCGACCACAAACCCCUCGUCGGGAUCCUAAGUACGAAGUUCUUGGAUGAGCUCACGCUACGGCUUCAACGGAUCAGGAUGAGCCUGAUGAGAUACUCGUACACUGUCGCAUACGUCCCUAGCAAGGAGCAGGUCGCUGCAGAUGCGCUUUCCCGCAAUCCACUCCGAUAUGCAGGCCCUUCGACACUGGAGCAAGAACUUCACGGCUACGUCAAUCUGCUCGAGAAAACCCUCCCGACGUCAACGAGUCUGAAGGCCAUCGCCACGGAGCAAACAAAGGACAGAACUUGCCAGACGCUGGUUAGGUUCAGCACUCAAGGAUGGCCAUCUCGGCGUGACCUAAAUCCGGAACUAAAAGACUUCUGGGAAUAUAGGGACGCCAUCGCCUUCGAGAACUCCUUGCUGAUGUAUAAAGGUAGAAUUGUCGUACCCCUAUCAUAUCAGAAGUACAUCUUACAACAGAUCCACUUGGGGCAUCAAGGCAUCGUAAAAUGUAAAGCGAGGGCGAGGGACAGUGUCUGGUGGCCCGGCAUAGGACAUGAUAUCGGUACUUUGUUGCCCUGUCAGCAGUUGCCCUGCGUGUAA